AGGCAGAAAAAAACAUCCUCACGGUGACUCCACAGUCUGUGAAACAUGGGAAGGAUUCUGGCGUGGUGCUCGCUCUCAUCCUGUGUGUACAGUACCACGCUUACAGGAGAACUAUUAAUAACCUCCUGAGGCCUGCUCAGCAUAGAGGAAAAGUGCCUGCCAGUGGUUUUGGCUGGUUUGCUUUCAACACUGCCUGGUUUUGGCCGUCUGUCAUACUCUGAUGGAGUGCUGGGUUCGGCUUAUUCAACUACCUUCUGGCUUGGGCAAGAACAGCUCACAUGGCAAAACAAAAGGGUAUAAAUACCACCCAAACCUUCCUGCCGCAGCCCCAGCGCCUGCAUUUUGUGGAAAAUUGCUGAAGGAACGAGAAACCCAUGGCAAAACGAGUUCUCACGGUAUAUUAAUGACUCUUGAGUGAAUGUGGCGUGCUGUGGGAUGACAGCCGCUGCAAGGCCAGCCAAGUUCACAAGGUCACGGAGGGUGCUUGAAUCAGGCUUGUCUGGCCUUGCCCUAAUUUUGGAACGAGAAUGCAGGUGACUUGAUGGUCUUCCGCAGGAAUCUGCUUUCCCAAAACACUGCAAGCGGACACAAGUUGCACAGAAGUCACUCAAAAUUCAGUGUGGCAGAGAGUGAUAAUUGUGGUUCUGAAAAAAACGGAUCUAGUGGUAGAGCAUUGCUCUAAGUUUUCACCGCUGCAGACUGCCUGAAUGGGAGAAAAGCCAAGCUCUGCACAUGAACUGUGUUGACAUCAUUGAUUCUCUAACAUUUCACAAACUCACGUUUUCUCCAUUGUAACUGCCUAAAAUAAUUUCAAAAACAGUUUUUCAGCAUUGAAAAGCCACAUUUUUAGUUUUGUAAGCUGUUCUUUGUGACAUCAAUUCAACUUGGCAAAAACAAGAGGACUUUCAGUUUGUUUAAAAGUUAGCAUAAACAUUCAGUGAAUCACUCGUCCUCUUCAGGAAUGGAUACCGGAUAUCUACAAACUGAGUGUCAUUUGAAAAAUCUGUUUUUCAGUUGUGAAUACUGCACUCAGUAUUGAGCUGUUUGAUGCAGUACGGAUUGUAUAGGAACCAAAAAGUGUGUUUUAGCAGCACUAAUGAGCUGCCUUCUUAGACAACAUUUUUGGAAUAUGCAUACUGCAUGAUGCCCUAGGUAGGAAGCUCAGCUCACUAGGUUGUUUUUUUCCCUCUUUCUAGGAAGGUAUGACAAUACAGAGAAUAUCCCAAAAUGCUGUCAAUAUAGAGGGCUUACUAUAUGACAAAAGCUGUCUAAGAAGGCAGCUCACUAGGUUAUGGGUCUGGUUAGGAAUGUAGCUCACUAGAUAUGACACCCAAAAUGUUGUCUAGGUAAGCAGCUCAUUAGGUAUGACCCCUUAAAUGCUGUCCAGAUAGGCAGCUCACUAGGUUUGUUUUUCUGUCUAUAUUGGCUGCUCACUAGGUGUGACACUCAAAAAUGCUAUCUAGGUAGGCAGCUCACUAUGUAUAACACCCAAAAAUGCUGUUUCUGUAGCCAGCUUACUAGGUUUCCAUUGGUCUAGGUGAGCAGCUAACUACAUACGACACCCAAAAAUGCUGUUUCUGUAGUUAAUUCACUAGGUUUUUAUCUGUCUAGGUAGGCAGCUCAAUACUGUAUGUUUAACAUCCAAAAUGCUGUUCCUGUAGGCAGCUCACUAAGUGUUUAUCUGUCUAGGUAGGCAGCUCACAUGACACCCAAAAACAGUGACUUGUUAGGCACCUCACUAGGAUUUGUGUAUGGGUAUACAGGUCACAAGAUAUGACACCAAAAAUGCUGUCUAGGUAGGCAGCACACUGGGCAAAACAGCCAAAAAUGCUGGUUCUGUAGGCAACUCACUAGGUUUCUGUCUGUCUAGUUAGGCAGCUCACUUGACAUGACUCCCAAAAAUGCUGACUAGUUAGGCAGCUGUCUAGGAUUUUUGUCUGGGAACGCAGGUCACUAGAGAUGACACCAAAAAAUGCUAUCUUGGUAAACAGCUCAGUGAGUAUAACAUACAAAAAUGCUGCAUCUGUAGGCAGCUUGCUAUGUAUCUAUCUGUCUAGUUAGGCAGUUUACUGCAGUAGAUAUGACACACAAAAAUGCUAAGUAGGCACCACACUGGGUAUAACACCCAAAAAUGCUAGAGGCAGCUCACUAGGUUUUCUGUCUGUCUAGGUAGGCAGCUCAUUAGAUAUGACACCCAAAAAUGCUGAUUAGUUAGAGAGCUCACUAAGAUUUGUGUCUGGGUAUGCAGGUCACUAGGUAUGACACCACAAAUGCUGUCUAGGUAGGCAGAUCACUGGGUAUAACACCCAAGAAUGCUGUUUCUGUUGGCAGCUCACUAGGUUUUUAUCUGUCUAGUUAGACAGCUCACCGGGUAGAACACCCAAGAAUGUUGUUUCUGUAGGCAGCUCACUAGUUUUUAUCUGUCUAGGUGUGCAGCUUACUGCAGUAGAUAUGACACCCAAAAGUGCUGACUAGUUAGACAGCUCACUAGGCAUGUGUCUAGGUAGGCAGCUUACUAGGUUUUGAGACAGCCACUGUUUUAUGAUGUCUCAGUAUUACAUUAGGAGCCAACAAUAUUAUUUCACUUCAGGAAGUAUUAGCAAUUAUCAACACACAAUUGUAAUGAGUUUAAAGUUCAAGAUCUUUAUAAUUACACACUAGUCAUCGUAACUCUUACUGGUGUUAGGAACAUAUCCCUUAAAUCUCAAACACAUAACAUUUUGAGUGUUUUAUAUUGUGCAGAAAAAAAAAUGAUAUCCUAAAACUUGAUCUAAUCAAAACAUUUAUGAGCAGGAAGGACAGGCAUUUCAAAGUUAUUGUAGUCAUCAUGUGGUAAUCUCUUUAGACAGCAAUAAAACAACCUACUCCAGCAACCUGUUCAGAACUGAACUGAAUGAAAAAAAAGGAAAGAAAGAAAAGGAAGCAUGAAAAAAUAAAAAAAAAGAUAGAUCAUCUCUGUCUAUUGUCUGAUUGGCUGUCUCCAAAGCCAACUGUAUUGCCCACCCACAUGUUUAUAUGAAUCCUUGAUCAUUUCUCAAGUCCUCCCACUGAGAACAGACCUGUGCAGCGAUCGAGCGCUCAUGGCAGCUAAUGAUUAUCGCGCGUACCUGCGGAAUCAUAUCGAUAUGGAAGAAGCUCCGGCGCGCGUCUCGCACACGGGCUCCACUCACAGAGCGCUCAUAUACGCCACGCUCGCUGUCAUGGGACUGCUGCAGGUCGUGUCGAGUGUAGCAAUUUUGUUGCACUUAACCGGUUAUCUCCGAGAGGUCGACCUUGCCUCAGCCCAGCAGAGUCCCAGUGAGGAAAUGCACAGUGAAACAUUAAUAGCAGAUCCUCUCAAAAGUAUGAAGGAGAAGAAGGAUAGAUGCCGAAAAAAGGAAACACGCAUGCCAUCGGCUCAUCUUCCUAUCAGGACAACCAGUGACUAUUCAAGCAAAGAUCCAAGUGCUAUAACCAUUCACUGGGAAGUAAAUCAAGGGACGCUGAAGAAGAUUACAUACCGUAAUGGGCGAAUCCUAGUGGAUGAGCCUGGCUAUUAUUAUGUAUAUGCCAAGACCUGCUUUCGAUAUUCUGAGGUACACGACUUGGACAAAGAGGAUGUCAGCAAUGUGCAGUUGGUACAAUACAUUUACCACGAGAAGCAAACCCAGUCUACAAUCAGACCGAUUCUGCUUACAAAAAGCGGUGGCACGUUGCAGUGGAAUACCAAGAGCUACAACAUGUACUGUGUGGAGCAGGGCAGAGGUAUCCAGUUAAAUAAGGGUGAUGGUCUCUUUGUCAACGUAUCCAAUUCAUGGCUUCUGGAUCGAGAAGCUGAGGGGACAUAUUUUGGUACUUUUAAGAUAAGCGAUUGACUUUGUUUUUGCUACUGAACAUGUUUAUGUACAUUUGACAACCUUACAAACUUUUUAAAAGUGAACAUGAACCACUGAGCACUUCUGUUAUUGAUCACUGACUUUUGAAUUUUUGUUCAAUAUUGAUUACAUUGUACGUCAUUUAAGAAUACAUUAGACAUAAUAACUCAUAACUAAUCAGUCAUGCCAUUGAAGGUCUUGAGUGCAUUUAAUAGGUUUUAUAUGUUUCCAUCCAGUCAAAAUACUACAGUGGUUUUUGUAGGGGUGCACCCAUACCGAUACUGGUAUCUGUCCAAUGCCAUUCGCAACCCAUUUUACUUCCACAAUUGGUCACGUUUCCAAGUGAAACAAGAUAUUCAAUGCCAACAAUGUAGGGUGGGCCUUGGUUCUGUCCAUUGGAGAAUUGAUUGGACUGUGAAAAGUGGGUUACAGAAGUAGAGAGGGUCCAUUUUGGAUUUAUGUCACUCUUAAAAUGCUCUGAUACAAACAUUAGAUAUCAUAUGUGCAUGCACCACAUCCGUUGCAUAAAUGUUGCCAUGCAAAGGAAUAACAGCAGAUGAACACAAAUGCCAACAGUAUGGAGAUAUAUCAGUGCCCAAAUUAGUCCAAAAAAUGACAGUCACAUUGUGAAUCAAGUAAUUAAAAAAAAAAAAAUACACAGACUUUCCGACACCACUCUGUGUCCCUGCUCGCUUAGUUCUCUGCCCAAUUCAUUGUACAUGAAUCAAGAAUGUAUUUAGAUUUUUUAUGCUUUAGUACUCAGCUAUUUACUCAAAACAUCAUAAACACACUGUCCUUAAUCAUCAGUAUUGAUAGAUAUUUUGGCUAGGCCUAUAUUUACCCAUUUUGAGAUUUUUGGCACGGCCGAUAACCCUUCUGUCAGUUCCAAAACUACAACUGCGCUGCACAACUUGUUAGAUAUUGAAUUUUUGAGUAAAUACUGUGUACAUUUUUUUCAUUUCAGCAUGUAUGGACAUCUCAAUUGCUAUAGUGAAAUUAUAUUAGCCUAUACAGUGGAAUAUGUGCAGUGGCCCCCCAAAAUAUUUGGACACUUAAGCCAUGCUUUCAGCUGUAUUAAUGUCAUUGCAUCAGUUAUCUGUAGCACUUUAUAAUCAGGUUACAUUUGUUAACAUUAGUAAAUGCUUUAGGUAUCAUGAACUAACAAUGACCAAUAUAAUUCUUAAAGUAUUUUUUCAUCUUUGUUAAUGUUAGUUCAUAAAAGUGCAAUUGUUCAUAGUUUGUUAAUGUUAGUCAGUAUUGCAUUAACUAAUGUUAACAAAUGGAAUCUUAUUGUAAAGUGUUACCAACAUAUCAAAACAAUUGGCAUCUACAAACAAAUAAUGCUGGAUAUGUUCUCAGAACUAACUUCACUUUUUAUAAUCAUUUGAUUAGAAUAAUUGGUAUCACUAAAUACUUUUUGGGCCUUUGUAUAUGUCACCAUUAUAUUGGCACCCCGCUCUAGUUAUCAGCAUAGGCAUUGAAGAACACAUAUUUGCCCAUCACUAAUAAUCAUUCUCACUAUACUGUACCUAAAAAAAAGACAGUGCUGCUAAAAGUAUGGUAUAUUUAUCAGCGUGUACCAAAAAGUACAGCCUUAAAAAAUGGUAUCGGUGCAUCCCUAGUUUUACAUUUGCACUGAACGUGAAAAAGAACAUAAAACAUAAGACAAAAAGAAACUAUCCAAAUUAACACUCAUUGGUGUAAUGUUAAAAUGCUUCAGUAGCAUUAAAAAAAAAAAAACUGUAUGGACUUUGGUAAAUACAGCCUCUGCCUGGUCUCCCCUCAUUUAGGCAUUUUGUGUGGUAGAUUUACAAUUGACCACUGAAUUGAGACUUCGGAGUACUUAUUAUGCAGAAUCCAUGUAAUGCAAGGAAUUUUGAAAAGAGUAAAUAAUAUGGGUUGGCACUUCAUGGCUCUCAUAAAGAUUAUGUACUGAUUGAAAAAUGUCACUGUUUAUCUACAGCUCCCCAUUACACAGUAUGUCAGUUUUCAAUGGUGUUUUGAAUAAAUCAUACAAACAUGGAACAAAAAUCAAGACAGCUGGACUGUCAUUGAUUUGGUGUGUUAACCAACAUUUUUUAAGCAAUGCGUGGAACCAGACUGAGUUUGGUACGCUCUAAUUUAAGAGUUUUUGUUUUCAUUAAUGCACUAAGUGUAUUUAUUUAUUUUCUAUGAUAGAACAUUUGUUGAAUGUUCUGUCUAGUGUAAAGUUUUGUACAGUGUAUAUAAUUGUAUAAUUGCCUUUACUCCAUUCUUUAAGAGUUUUUCGGAUGAAGGGCAUUGACCUUUGGUCAGUUAUAGAUGCGCUUUUUUCCAAGCACAGGGCUCCUGUUUUAAAGCUUAAAGGAAUAUUCCGGGUUCAGUGCAAGCUCAGUCGACAGCAUUUGUGGCAUAAUGUUGAUUACCACAAAAAUGUAUUUCAUUUCGUCCCUGCUUUUCUUUAAAAAAAAAAAGAAGCAAAAAUAGAGGUUACAGUGAGGCACUUACAAUGAAAGGGAAUGUGGCCAAUUUUUGGAGAGUUUAAA